GUCGAAGACACGAUCUUCAAGCUUCAUGCCGCAGUUCUCAAGAGUGCAAGCACAGUCUUUUCAGACAUGUUCGCACUCCCCGCAUCUGUUGAGAACAUGGAAUGCUCAGUAGAUGGCCUGAACGAGGACAAACCUAUAAUACUAUGCCAGGUUGCGGCACAGGAUUUCAGCUAUCUAUGCGACUUCCUUUAUCUUCACAAAACAUGGAUAUCCCCACCAUACGACGUGCGGUUUCUCAUUGCCGUCCUCGAACUAUCACAGAAGUGGGAGAUCACCAGCGGCGAGCAAUGGGCAACACAUUUUAUCAAAACAAUCGCUGAUACGAUCAAGCCAGCCCUACGGCUUCGAUUGGCAUGCGUGUACAACUUCCCAGAGUGGGUCCGGCCGGCUUUCAUGUUAUUGAUGUUCAGG